GUCCAUAGUCGAUCGCAUACGAAAGAGAAUAUUUAAGUCGGUUUUGAAGGAACAAAUUCAUUCACUUCUCUCUCGAGUGUCGACAUAGUUACACGAUAUAUAUUUUUGUUCCUGUCCUGUGCGCUUUACAGAGUGAUUGUGUAUCAUUUCUAGAUUUUUUUAUUGCAUUAGUUGUGUAACUUUUGUGAAUUAUUGACAGAAAAAUGUGCGAACCAGUUACUGAAAUUUAUCCUAAGGAUCAAACUAUUGAGCUACGCAAUAAAAUCAUCGGAAAGUCAUGUUCUCUGUUCUACAAAUCGGAACCAUUAAAAAUCGUCCGUGGUGAAGGGCAGUAUAUGUUUGACGAGAAAGGCACAAAAUAUUUAGAUUGUAUCAACAAUGUUGCCACGGUCGGACAUUGCCAUCCAAAAGUAGUUCAAGCGGGCUCGAAGCAAAUGGGAAUUAUAUCAACAAAUUCUCGAUUCCUUCAUGAUGAAAUGCUUGUGUGUGCACAAAAUUUACUUAAGCAUAUUCCAGGCGAUUCACUUUCAGUUUGUUACUUUGUCAAUAGUGGAUCGGAAGCUAAUGAUUUGGCAUUGAGAUUGGCGAGAGCUCACACAAAGCAGAAGGAUAUCAUCACUUUGGACCACGCUUAUCAUGGACAUCUGUUAUCAACAAUGGAAAUAUCGCCAUACAAGUUCAACCAAUCAUCGAAUAUUGACGUGAAAAAACCAGAUUAUAUUCACGUUGCUUCCUGCCCAGAUGUAUACCGUGGCAAAUAUCGUGAUGUCGAUUAUCGAGGAUGUGAUAUGGCUGAAGUUUAUGCAAACGAUGUCAAAGAUAUCGUUGAGAAAGUAAAGAAAGAAGGUCGAGGAGUCGCUGGAUAUAUUGCUGAAUCACUUCAAAGUUGUGGUGGUCAAAUCAUCUAUCCUAAAGGCUACUUACAGAAAGUUUACGAUAUUGUUCGUAAAGCUGGAGGAGUUUGCAUUUCUGAUGAGGUUCAAGUUGGAUUCGGACGUGCUGGAACCCAUUACUGGUCAUUUGAAACACAAGACGUUGUACCUGAUAUUUUGACAGUUGCCAAACCGAUGGGAAAUGGACAUCCAGUUGCAGCUGUUAUUGUUACAAGAGAAAUUGCUGAAAGUUUUGCACAAACUGGUGUUAUGUAUUUUAAUACUUAUGGUGGGAAUCCAGUUUCAUGUGCCAUAGCUAAUGCUGUCAUGAAUGUUAUUGAGGAUGAGAAGCUUCAAGAAAAUUGCUUAGUUGUUGGAGAUUAUUUAAAGCUUAAAACUGGAGAACUUAUGAUUGAUUUUGAUUUGAUUGGUGAUGUCAGAGGUUUGGGAUUGUUUGUUGGCAUUGAACUUGUUAAAGAUCGAAAGUUGAGAACUCCAGCGACUGAAGAAGCUACAUUUGUUGUUGACAGAAUGAAGAAUGUACACAAAAUUCUUGUCAGUUCUGAUGGACCUGACGAGAAUGUCAUUAAACUGAAGCCACCUAUGGUUUUUAACAAGGAGAAUGCAGACCAAUUUUUGGAAGGCUUUAGAGAAUGCCUUAUGCAACUUAAGGAGAUAAAGAGUGUGGAGUCAGUCACAACACAAAUGCCAUGCAGUUUGACUAUAACUGCUUCCAAGAUCAUUGAGAGUCGGGAACACACUGUCAAGUCUAUUUGAGAUUAACUUUAGAAUUUAAGGUGUAAAAUUAAUUUGUAAAGCUUCUAGAUUUAAUGGACUAAUGUAUAUUUAACGACAUAAAUUUUAAAAUUACGAACUUAAUCUCAAUGCUGAUUCCUUAGUUCUAUAAGUCAUUCCAAAAUUUAUUACAAAAAGGUUUAAGAACCUUGAUCAAUUGAUAUAUGAUUAUU